AUGGCGGCAGAAGCACCAUCGCCAGGCCGACAGAUGUCGUUGAUUCCAUUCACGGGCGACUCCAGAGAAGUAGUAUUACAGCGGGGAAAUGCAGUCGUCUUAUACGAUGCCCAAUCGCGGCUGCUGUCAGUACGGCAAGGUUCAGACGAUGAAAAUACAGAGCCUGCCGUCUGUCCGCUCUGUCACCAAUCACUCCAUGAAAGGCGAUCAUCUUCUGAAAAUCGCGGUUACGAUCCUGACUACAAGUCCGACCGUCGAUUCGUUGAUCCCGAGUACUUUUCCAUGCUUGCAGAGAGCCAGCGACCAUCACCAGCCGGAUCUGGAAUAGUCACUCCGAACGGUCGCGUCCAAUUAGCACUCCGAUCUGGUCGUUCCCGGGAUGUCAGUGGUUCAUACUCAGCGCCGCCGGCUCAUUCGGACUCGCAGACUGCCGGGCCGUCUACCUCACGAGGUCGAGGCAUCAGUAGCUCUGCCUUCAGUCCUGGCUACUUCAACCAAUUUUUCAAAGAGAUCACCGAGCUCGGCCGAGGUGGAAACGGGGUCGUGCUGCUCGUAGAGCACGUAAUUGACGACGUCCCGUUGGGACAGUUUGCGUGUAAGCGGAUUCCUGUUGGCGACUCAAGAUCACAUUUCGAAAGAAUCAUCAUCGAGGUCAGGCUGCUCCAGAAGAUACCGCAUCGUAACUUGGUCGCCUACCAUUGGACUUGGCUAGAGGAUCAUCAGCCUGCAAAAUUUGGACCCAGCAUUCCAUGUCUGUGGAUUUUGCAGGACUAUUGCAACGGCGGCGACCUCCAGUCCUAUGUGUUGGGACCUAGCUCAGACAUGUCUUCAAAUGAAGCACUCAAGGCACGUCUCAGACGAAAAUCGCGCGGCGAAGCCAGUCCUGCACGUGCGACGCUGGGGUCCAGCAGGCUAAGCUUCGACGAGAUCUUCUCCUUUUUCAAAGACAUUACCACAGGUCUGCAUCACCUGCACAGCAAAGGUUACAUACAUCGCGACUUGAAGCCUUCGAACUGUCUGCUUCAGCACGAUGAUGGACGAACUAGAGUUCUGAUAUCGGACUUCGGCGAGGUUCAGCUUGCUGGCGACAACAGAAGAUCCACCGGAGCAACGGGUACCGUAGCCUAUCUCGCGCCUGAAGCUCUGCGACAGUCUGCAGAUGGCUCCUUUCACAACUUCACAACCAAAUCCGAUAUUUUCUCCCUGGGCAUGAUUGUCUAUUUCAUGUGCUUCGGUCGACUUCCCUACAUUCAUGCCGAUGGCAUCAGUGAAGAGGAUGAGGAUCUGGAUCAGCUGAGAGCCGAGAUCACCCGCUGGCCUGGUUUCGACGACGAAACUCGCCCUCGCUCCGACCUUCCGGAGCGGCUGUACAAGUAUCUGAAACGGCUCCUGAGCGUGAAUCCAGAUGACAGACCAGGAACAGACGAGAUCCUUUCUAGCAUCAAAGGCGGAAUCUCCCUAGGCGACGCGAAUAUCGCGCAGGAUGACUACAACACACGCCUCCCCGGCAUGGAUCAUUCGGCGCGGCAGUCGAGGCGAACUCCCUUCCUAUCAGCACCUGGGGCUCGUCCCACUAGCCGGGCCGGUGGCACCAACAUUGAUUCACGAUCCCCAAGUCCCAUGAAAAAGCAGCAAGCGAGUGAGACCGACCCUUUGCUACCACCAGAGACUUCGACCACUUUGGGCCUACGCCAGACGCUGAGUAACGUCCCAACAUUACGACGCAAUGACUCGGCACAUCCCAGUCCUCGCCUCUUGCUUCCCCCUCCACCUCUCACCCGGCAAGAACGCUACAUACAAAACGUCACACGUGCAGUCCAACAACCUGCCGUCCUGCUCACACUUCGCACAGGUCUGUUUCUGGCCAAAGUCGUCUCUUGCGUAGCGCCUUGUUCGAACAACGCAGUGCAACCCUGGCUUCUCUAUCCACUCCUGAUGUUCGCUGCAAUUGACCUCGGAGAAUUUCAUCUUCCCCUCCGGUAUUCAAUACUGUUGCUCCUGCUACAUAUGGCCGUCGUCCUUGUGGCUACUCGGCAGGACGUACUCUGCGUGGGAGGCUGA